CAGCAAGAUGAGUGCAGUCAUGAGGGAAGGGAUAUAAAGAAUUUCCCUGGAUUUGUUGAAAGUGUAAGCAGUGAGACAAGCAGAGAACAAGAGAAAACUGAUACCAGUUUAACAUCCUGCAUGUAGACAGGAUGUGGCAGAGUGUGUUGUCACUCUGCAUGUACAUCAUGUUCACACGAGCGCAGUUCCCACGCGAGUGUGUGACACCCGAGGUCCUGCGUAGUGGCACCUGCUGUCCAUCACCCACUGGCCUGGCCAAUGAUGAAUGUGGAUUGAGGACCGGGCGAGGAAGGUGUAUGCCAGUCGUCGCUGACAGGCGCCCACACGGCCAUCAGUACCCUCACGACGGACGGGACGAUCGGGAACGAUGGCCGCUGCGCUUCUUUAACCGGACCUGCCAGUGUAACACAAAAUUUAGUGGCUACAACUGUGGACGGUGCAGAUAUGGGCUUACUGGAGUGAACUGUGAUCAGAGAAUCAGUGUGGUGCGUCGUAACAUCAUGCAGAUGUCUCCAGAGGAGAAACGGGCUUUUGUGAAUGCUCUGGAUCAAGCUAAGAGAACGGUCCAUCCUGAUCUGGUUAUCUGCACACGACGCUAUCAGGAGCUCUUUGGCCCGGAUGGAAACACUGUCCAAUGUGAAAACAUCACCAUCUACAACUUUUUCGUCUGGACUCAUUAUUAUUCUGUAGCGAAGACGUACAUGGGGCCGGGACAGCAGAGCUUCGGGGGCGUGGACUUCUCUCACGAAGGUCCGGGAUUCCUUACAUGGCACCGGUUCCACCUGCUGCAACUAGAGAGUGAUAUACAGGAUAUGCUCAGGAACCCAAAAUUUGCCCUGCCAUACUGGAACUUUGCGAUCGGAGGAAACGAGUGUGAUAUCUGCACAGACGACCUGCUCGGAGCCAGGAGCAGCUUUGACAUGAACAGCAUUAGCUCUAACUCCGUGUUCUCUCAGUGGAGAGUGAUAUGCGAGGAUGUGGAGGAGUAUGAGACACAAGGGACCAUCUGUAACAGUACAGAAGGUGGUCCAAUCAGACGGAAUCCUGGAGGGAAUGUGGCUCGGCCGAUGGUACAGAAACUACCGGAAACUCAAGAUAUAAUUGACUGCCUGGAGCUCAACACUUUUGAUACGCCUCCGUACUACUCCACCUCCACCUGGAGCUUUAGGAAUACUAUUGAAGGUUACAGCACUCCCCAGGGGAACUAUGACCCAGUGGUGCGCAGUCUACACAAUCUGGCUCAUCUAUUCCUGAAUGGUACAGGCGGUCAGACCCAUGUGUCCCCCAACGACCCCAUCUUUGUCCUGCUGCACUCCUUUACUGAUGCCAUUUUUGAUGAAUGGCUACGUAGACACCACCCUGGCACAGUAUUUUACCCUGAAGAAAACGCUCCCAUUGGUCACAACUGGCGUUUCAACAUGGUUCCUUUUUGGCCACCGGUCACAAAUGCGGAAAUGUUUGUCUCAGCACCGUACAGUCUCGGAUACACCUAUGAGGUCCAAUGGCCAACUCGGCCGUACACCAUCUCUGAGAUCAUUACCAUCGUUAUAGUGGUCAUGGUGCUGGUGGUGAUGGUGGUAGUUGGAGUCACUGCGUGUUUUGUCAGAGCGUAUGGCUCACAUGAAGGGCUGGAGCCGCUGCUUGGGGAACAUUUCCGUCACUACUCAGAAGACGAUCACAAGUUUUAAUAUGUAGCCUGAAGACGGAUGUUUCUUUUAUUAAAUUAAGGUUUUUAUUUUGGACGUGUUACAUCAUUCAUCAGAUUGACACAGACAGUGUCUCUGACAUUUCUAUUCAAGAAGGACAAUUUUAAUAAUGUCUCACAUGACACAUGAAAGUAUGUUGUUGCUGGCGAGCACCACUUAAAAUUUAUUCUAAGUUAAAAAUAACCUUACAAUGCGUUUUUUUUUUUUUUUUUUUUUUUUGAGGAAGGUGGAAUUACGGCAAAUUUACUGCACUUUAUGUGUUUAUAUCAAGUUAUUAUUAUUGUUUUUAUUAUUGGUUUUCUUUUAAAAUUCUGAAAUGCACUGAAAUGAUGUUACUUGCAAAAUAAGAUGUACGGAUUUUUUUUGACAGUAAAUACAGAUUAUACCUGUUAUGAAAAUUAGCCGAAAUCCCCAAUUAAAAAAUUUAUCUGCAUUAAAUUUUGUAUUUUAGCAGAUUUUUGUGCACAGUCCAAUGAAAAGUUUUUAAAUAUCUUUAGAUAUAUUAUUUAAUUAAAUCUACUAGAUGAAAUUUUAAUUAUUUCUUUGUUUAUUUCUUUGUUUGUUUGUUCACUUAUAUAAUGACAAACAGCAUACAACAUAGAGAUUUAUCUAUUCUGCUCUAGUCAUCUAUUA